GUAUGACGCUCAUGUGAUCACUUCCUGGCUCAGUCUGAGCCCCAUCUGAGUUUCACAGGGCUGAAUCUUCAAACAGUGGCGGGGAAGGACUUGAGAGGAGAGGGCCAGACAGGACAGCAGAUACCAUAACAGAAAGGAGACUGUCAUGCCUUAUAUGUUAAGUGAGGAGAAUGCCUUAGCCUUUGGACUGCUUCUCUGACCACCGACUGUGUGGGACUUCUAAGAGGCUUUAAGGUGAAGUGGUCUCUGUGUGGAGAGCUCAGCCAUAGUCCCAGGCAGUGAGAUACACCCUACAGAGUAAGCGCACUGCUGCCAGGCUGCAGCUAUGGACCUUGAGGAGAGUGGUCCUCCCUCCUCCUCAGUGACCUCGCUGCUCUUCUCACGAUGCUGAACGAUUCUGCGUCUGUCAUCUACAUUGUGCUGGAGCUGCUGAUAGCUGUACUGUCUGUGUUGGGCAAUGUGCUGGUCUGCUGGGCCGUCUGUCUCAACAGCAACCUGCAGAGCAUCACCAACUUCUUUGUGGUGUCCCUGGCGGUGGCAGACAUUGCUGUGGGAGUGCUGGGUAUCCCCUUCGCCAUCGUCAUCAGCACGGGCUUCUGCUCCAACUUCUAUGGCUGCCUCUUCAUUGCUUGCUUUGUGCUGGUGCUCACCCAGAGCUCCAUCUUCAGCCUGCUGGCCAUUGCCAUAGACCGCUACAUCGCUAUCAAGAUACCCCUCAGGUACAAUAGCCUGGUGACAGGCCAGCGUGCCAAGGGGAUAAUUGCUGUCUGUUGGGUGCUGUCCAUCAUCAUCGGCCUGACCCCGAUGCUGGGCUGGAAUAAGUCCACUGAGCGCCCCAACAGCACCUGUCCUCCAGGCCUGAUGGAGUGCCUGUUUGAGGAUGUGGUGGUCAUGGACUAUAUGGUCUACUUUAACUUCUUCGCCUGUGUGCUGAUGCCUCUGCUGCUCAUGCUGGUCAUCUACCUGCGGAUCUUCAUGGCAGCUCGGCAUCAGCUGAAGCUCAUAGAACUGAAGGCUGUCUACGGGGGGAAGUCCCACUCUACCCUGCAAAAGGAGGUCCAGGCGGCUAAGUCGCUGGCCAUCAUCGUGGGCCUGUUUGCCAUCUGUUGGCUGCCGCUGCACAUCAUCAACUGCUUCACCCUGUUCUGCCCUCAGUGUGCCCGCCCGCCCCUCUGGAUCAUAUACGUUGCCAUCAUCCUCUCUCACGGCAACUCAGUGGUCAACCCCUUCAUCUACGCAUACCGCAUCCAGGAGUUCCGCCACACCUUUAAGAGGGUCAUCCGCCGCCAUGUCCUGGUCCGCCGGGAGCUGUUUGACAUGGGUGGCAGCAGCCGCACCUCCACCCACAACAGUAUCAGCGGCUCAGGAAGGGUUAAGGCCAAUGGCAUCCGCUUCGACCUCUUUACCGAGAACAGCAGCAGCAGCAGUAGCUGUGAGAGCUCCCACCCCUGUCAUAGCCAUAUCAAACCUGCAGGGGGCGUUCUGAAACCAGCGUCCAUUCACAACCACCCUCUUACCGUGAUUAGCUCCCACAACCACAGGGAAAGCCCCCCUGUGCCACAGCCUCUCAGACAGACACAUACACACCCUUUAUGUCAUCCCUUGCAGUAUGGGGACCAGCAGCAGCAGUUUCACAAAGGUCCGGAGGUGGAAGAGGUAAAGGACAGGCAGGAUCUCUCCCCUGUCCAGGUCAAAACACUGUUCUAUAAACAUAAAACCUGCUUCACUGAGCUCACUGAGGUCUCCUAAUGGACACAGAAUGGGCAUUAGACAGCUACAAAGGAUCCUUAUCACCUGGCCUUUGGUGUGAAAUUACUACGGAUGUGUAAAUAUUUUGGAGUCAGCUCAGAGUAGAUUACUGGGCAGUCAGGCUCACAAUCUGAGGAUCAGAGUUUGGUUGUAUCCCAUGUUAUCCAGAUGGUCUGAUUCCACGUUCUAUCGCCAGGGAUUGUAACCGUUGGUCCUGAAUGAGUACGAAACGAGGACCUACACAAAGGCAGGCAUGCAAAGCCUACUGUACAUUCACCAUGCUGAAGAGAACAACUUAUUUUGGGUGCAUGAACAAUUCUAUUUAAAUUUGCAAACAAAAAUCAUUUGAGUUAUUUAUGGAAGAAACGUUAAUGUGACUUGAAUGGUUAAAUGUGAUUCUGUUUACGAUGUUUAUUCUCUUGGUCUGUGACGUGUGUCUGGCGCUUAAAUCUGAAUCCUCACAAUUGACUUUUGUUCUAUGAUAACUGGUGAGGUUUUAAUAAAUCACCUUUAUGAUUAAUCUUGUGUGUUUGGGGAUGGCAGGGAUGUUCCAGGUUCGUGAUAAGGGGACAGUACUACUGCAUUGAUUUAGAAUGUUUGUGCACCAUACAGAUGGACAUGAUAAGAGCAAUCUCUUAGAUGUUCAGGUUUAUGAUCUUGCAAAUGUAUGAAUGCUCAAAAAAUGAUCUGCGUGUUUUUAAAUCUUAAUGGUUUUAAACUAUUUUGAGGAAUAUCUAAACUACUGUGCACUUUCUCAACUUGUCUAACUGUCAGUAACACAAACCAAAACUGUUGAGCUGAUCGUUGAGAUUACACAGACAAUUAAAUGGCCAAAAUAAUUAAUCAAUGACACAUACAGCUUACAUUUUUCACUGAAUAUACUCUCAAGUGUUACAUAGCUAUGGCAUUCUCUGCAUUUUCACAUUUUCAGAUGCAAUACAGGAUGCAAU